CCUUUGACCCUCGCAUCAGAUAAGAAAAUCUCCCCCCAAAAAACCCUAACAGGGGAAAAUGGUAACUUCAGGAAGAGUAACUGAGGGGGGAUCCCUCUCCCAGGACGGACAGACGUGCAAAAGAAUUGCGUGUACAGAAAAGACCAGCAUAAUGAAAUUACAGUAUAAACAAUCCAUAUGCCAAAAUGAUACAUAGAAAGUGAGAGGAGAAAGCAAGGGAGGGAGAGAGAGCGAGAGAGAGGGUUUAGUAAAGAGUCUGAACCAUGUUAUUCUUUCUCUCAAAAAAAGACCAAAUCUGAUCAGAAAUAUCACGUUAGUGUCAAAAUUUAACAAAUACUGUUAUAACAGUAAGAUCAUAUGUAUCACACUGAUUGCAGAGUAGCUUGUGUGAUAAAGCAGAUAUGUUAUUAACCUUAUAGGCCUUAUUUUCUCAGUGUGAAUGAACUGCAGCUAAAGUUGAUAGCAGCUGUCACAAUACAUGGCAUCCUGGCACACAUAUCCCAUAAUAAAAUAAGGAAUAUCACUUUCUCUCCUUACAUGAAGCCCAGUUCAUGAGUCAGCCUGUGGUAAUUUCAGUAAACUCGUUAAAUGGCUUUGAUGUUGAUUUGUCUUCACACUGAUAAAUAUCUCUGGAUUUCAUGGCACCUGUGCCCUUUUUCUCACAAAGAGGUGUCAGAUUCAUUUUAGUUCAUAUGAACGUCAUCACUUGUUGAGUAGUUUUGCAUAUUUUUUGUGUUGGCCACAAAACCACUGAGUCAUGGAAACUCUGUCAAGCAGCUGUAUGGCCAGACACUAUAUGUAAGUAUACAAGUAGAGGGGACUACUGGGAGCCUCCAUCAUCCGUCAUCCAGAUGAGUAAGAUGACGAAGCUAUUGAGGAGACAGGCAGAGAGAGGGCGUGGGGAGAUCUCAGAAAUGGCGAGGGAGGGAGGGUUGGGUGAGGGUCGGAGGUGGAUAAAGAGAGGGAGAGAGUGUGGCCCCCCCCCAAGGAGUUCUGGGAACCUUCAACACUGACUGGAAAGCCGAGGAUCCAGUGUGAGGUGCCGGACAGACCGUUAACAGCUGUUGUCCAGUGUUGUGGGUGUUGAUAGAGUCCAGUUCUCCUGUUGCUGACAUGGGCUUCAGGGCGAUGCUGCUGUCCUUCCUCCUGGUGUCUCUCAGUUACUCCAGAGGAGCCAUCAUCACAGGGGCCUGUGAGAAAGACAUGCAGUGUGGUUUUGGUUUAUGCUGUGCCGUCAGUCUUUGGCUGAGGGGCCUCAGGAUGUGCGUCCCAAGAGGUGUUGAAGGGGACGAAUGCCACCCGUUUAGCCACAAGGUGCCCUAUCCAGGGAAAAGGCAACAUCACACCUGCCCCUGUCUCCCCCACUUGGUGUGCACCAGUUACGGUGAAAGCAAGUAUAGAUGUACUGACGACUUCAAAAACCUGGACUUUUAACAGAUGCCCAACAUUCAGAUGAAAAAGAGCAGAGCAGAAGCAGCAUCCUGAGUGAAGACGUGAACAGGCUGUGGAUCAGAAAUGCAUAUAUAAACUUCACUGGCUGUAUUCUUUGUGUAUGUAUACACUAUAAUAUAUAGUUUGGAUUCUAUCAAUACACACUUCAAGGACAGAAAUGGAAAUGUCAAGAGAGUGUAACCUAUUAACAAGAGCCACAGCAGACAUGACACUUUUUACUUAAAAAAACAAAGAAGGUAUUUGUGAACAAUUGAAGCAUUUGCUUUGCAUUUGUUUUGUUUUCAUGCUCACUUUAUGGUAAUUUAUCAAGAGAAAUGUAUAAAUAUUAUUGUUGAUGAAAGUAGCCUAUAAUAACAACAUUGUUGUUGGAUACUUGCUCUGUGGACCUUUUUCGUGUUCAGUUUAUGUUACUUGAUUAAACAUAAUGUGUGUUGA